AUUUCUGUAUUUUCUUCUCUGUAUUUUAUUACUACUAUCUACAAAAUAAUAUACAGAGUAUAUCUGUAUAACAAGACUCGCGGAAAAGCUAUGCAAGAAUUUCGAGAAAGAAUCCAACCGACAAUGGCGGGACCCACAUGGGACCCACACGAAGACUUCUGCACAAAACAACAACAGUUUUUGACAGCAAUUGUCGGCACCACUCAAGACUCAACACGUAUUAAAUCAAGUGUCGGCACCACUAGAAGACGACACGUUGCAAGACUUUAUUCAAGCACUCUUUGCCUAUAAAUACUUAAUUAUGUUCAAGGAAGAGGGCACGAGCAAAUUUCACUCUCAAAAAACCUUCACUCUCUAAAAGCUCUCCCUUCUCUCUGAAAUUUCCUGUGUUUUCUAAGUUUUAAGUUUGUAAUCAAAGAUUGUAUCACAACUCAAGAUAAAUAAAAGUGUUCCAGGCAGCAAGUCCAGAGAAGGCAGUAAGACCGUUGGUAAACCUCAGUUGUGUCCAAUUAGAAUCGGUUAGUAUCUCUUCUGUAAUGAGUUUAAAUAUAGAUUAAAUCAUGGCGUCUUCGUUUAGAAAACUUUUUAAAUCAAAAAAUGCAUCAACCUCUUCAAAUUCAACAAUUAACUCAAGAGAAAUUAUGUCAAAAAUAACAACGUUUAAUCAAGAAAUAUCAAGAGAUCAUUUACCGCAUAUUAAUCCAGAACAUAUAUAUCAAAUAGGAACUUUUGAUUUUAAAACAGCUUAUUCAAUUAAAGAACAUGAGCAAACUUUGUCUCUACAAAAUGAAUUUGAAGAAAUUAAGUUAUUAUCUUCUCUAGCUUUGGAAAAAUAUAAGCAAAAAGGAUUUAAUUACAUUCAUUUUGGUCUAAUCCAAAUUGCUAUAAAACCCUUAUCAAGAACAGGUAUAGACUCGCCAAUAUUAAUGUUAUUAAGAGAUAAAACUCUCUUAAAAUUUGAAGACUCUCUUUUAGGAGCAGUACAAUCAAAUUUAUGCAAUGGUGCUGUAUAUUUUAAUUGUGCCCCUAACUUUCAAGUAAGCUUGCAUGACCCAACCAUACUCAAUACUUUAACUUUAAAUGUACAUUUACCUGAAAUAAAAUUUCAAAAUGAAAGACAUGGAUAUCUUCUACUUUAUCGAGUUUAUUUUAAGCAAUCAACUUCUGAGUUUAACCCAAGAUGUCUAUUACAAGAUGAUAAAGGAGAAACAACAAUUCUAGCAGUCCAUAGUAAAGAUACACCAACAGCUACAUACACACCAAAGCAAUUAAAAUGGGAUGAAAUAACUAUUCCAGAUCAAUGGAAAAUUGAAAUUACUCAACCGCCUAGAAAUUUUGAGCAAAAGAAUAUAUCUAAAAUAAUUGAGCAGAAAGAUGGAAAAAUAUUAUUAAGGUUUGGAUCUUAUAGGGAUCCACUUCCACCUAGAAUAAGUUCGUAUCAUUCAAGAGCCUCUUUUUCUGAAUAUCGUACGGGUCAAUCCAGUACAAAUUCAGAAACGGAAAGUGUAAAUCAAAACUCUAAACAAGAUGAACCGAUAAGAUUUAAAGCACCAAUAGCAGAACCAGAUCAAGAUGCAUAUCCAACAUCACCUACUCCAUCAGAUUUUAGAUCAAUAAAUGUUAUAACUAAAAAAUACGAAAUUGAUAAACAAUAUAUAAGAGAAGACUUUUAUUCAAAAGAAAAUGAAGAAAAACGAAGUUGGUAUUUUAAAACUUUCUCUAAACAACAAACCAAUGAGUACAGAGAAAAAUGGUAUGAUUGUAUGAUACUAAAAGAAAUGAAUAUUCCAUUUUUCGUAUGGUUUGAAAUUUAUUCAAUAGCUCAUAAUAUCAAUUAUCCAUUCAAGACGAUUAAUGCGAGUAUAUCAUUAAGCCAAGUAUGGGAACAAGUGGAUGGAAAUAAAAUUAAAGCAAUUCAUCCACCUUUAAAUGAUUUAAAGAUAAAUACUUUAAACCGACAAAUUCUAGCUACACCCUUUAAAACUGGAGCUAACAAAGAUGAUAAAGAACCAGUGUUAAUGCAAGAUAUUAAAUCUAUAUAUCAACAGAACAAUUAUCAAAGUCAAAUACUACAUACAAUUUCUAAACAGAUAGACAGCAUUGAUAAUAAAAUAAAUAUUAAUGAAAAAGGAAAAGUGGACCAACACACUCAACACCCUUUCUCAUCAACGACCUACCCAAUCUUUAAACCAACAACAAGACAAAUCAAAUUUCCUGAAAAUGAAAUUUUAAAAUCAAUUUCGACCAGAUUAGACAGGUUAGAUAAAGGAAAAGGAAUAAACACUAUAGAUGAAGAUAACAAUGAAUCUAUCCAAACCUCCUCACAAUCAGAAAACGAUAUACAAGAAAUAAAUCGAAUAAAAAAUAAAUCAAGAAAACCAUAUUAUCCUAGGCAUACUCCACCUGAUUUAUUAUUUGAAGAACAUCACAAAUAUACUAGUAAAGAAUACUCUGGAGAAAGUAUAUACGAAUGGAAUAUAGAUGGACGAUCAGAAUAUGAAAUGCUAAAUUUAUUUCAAGAAAUGGUAAUGGCUACAAUGGCUUACAAAGGUAGAGGAAAUAAUGAUCAACAAUCAUGCAUUUUGUUAGUAUCUGGAUUUACUGGAGCAUUAAGAUAUUGGUGGGAUAACUCAUUAGACGCAAUUACACAAGAAUCUAUAAUUAAUCAUGUUGAAAUAAAACAACAAGAAGAUGAAGAGGGAUUUAUGAAUGAUAUAGAGGUGCAAAACGCAGUAGAAGUAUUAAUACAUACUUUAACAAUGCAUUUUAUUGGAAAUCCUAAAGAAGAAUUAGAAAGUAAAAAAAUUAUAUUAACAAAUUUAAGGUGUCCAACAUUAGGAGAUUUUAAAUGGUACAAGGAUGUUUUUAUAACAAACAUAUUCCAAAGAAACGAUUGUAAUCAAGCAUUUUGGAAAGAACGGUUUAUCUCAGGAUUACCAUCUUUCUUUGCAGAAAGAGUAAUUGGUAAAUUAAAAGAGUAUUCAGGAGGACAACCAAUCCCUUGGAAUACGAUUACUUACGGACAAUUAUUCGCAUUUAUAAAGAAAGAAGGAUUAGCUAUAUGUCAAGAACAUAAAGAUAAAAAACGAAAUGAUAAAUUUAAGUUUAAAAUAACUAUGGGAUCAUUCUGUGAUCAGUAUGGCUAUAAUCAACUUAAUCCUCCAUCAAGAAUUAAACGACUAAAGCAUAGGCAUAAUAAAACUAAUUAUUUUCAUAAAAAUAAUAAAUUUAAUAAAAAAUCAACAAAUCAAUACUAUACAAAGAAUAAUAAGCACAAAUCAAAUAAUAAGCAGAAAAUAGUAUGUUGGAAUUGUAAAAGACCUGGACAUAAAUCCACGGAAUGUAAAAUGAAAAAGAAGAUAAAUGAAAUAUUUCAAAAUCAACCAGAUAUACAAGAAAAAUUAACUAAACUAUUAAUAUCAGAAUCAGAAAUAUCAGAAGAAUCAAGUUGUGAUAACUCUAUAGAUGAGAUAGGAAAUAUUAGUGAUACUUCAAUAGAAUCACAAGAAUUGUCUGAUAAUCUAUGCAAUUGUAAAAUUAUUAACGUUAUAACAAAAGAUAUUGAUAAACAAUUUCUACUAGACAUAAUUGAUAAAAUUGACGAUCCAAAAAUUAAGAAAGAAUAUUUAACUAAACUAAAAGAUAUAAUAUAUCAAGAAAACCAAUUAUCUUGCCCUCAACCCUUUAGUUUAAAUAAAAUAUUUGACAAAUAUCCUACACAAAGUUUAUUUAAGCAAGUAACUACGGGAGAACUACAAAAUGAAGUUAAGCAAUUAAAAACGCAAAUUAAAGAAUUACAAUUAAUAGUAAAUCAACACGAAUUAAAACAAUUGCAAACGGAUGCUAAAUUAUCAUUAAUAGAAGCAAAAAAUACUCCAACAUCUACAACUAGUUUAAAUCAAGCAUCUACAAGUAAUACAAAUCUAGAAAAUGACGAAAAUAAGCAAAUCGAACCUACCGAAGACUAUAUUCAAAUAAUUAAUAAAAUCAAUUAUCAAAAAUGGUAUACAAAUAUUACCUUACAUGUGGGACAUGAUUUCAAAAUAAACAUAAUAGCAUUAAUGGAUACAGGUGCUGAUUACAACUGUAUUCGCGAAGGAAUUAUACCAACUAAAUAUUAUGAAAAAACAACUGAAAAAUUAAGUGGAGCAAACGGAAGUAAUUUAAAGGUACAAUAUAAACUAUCAUGUGCAAAAAUAUGUAACCAAGGAUAUUGCUUCAAAAAUCAAUUUAUUCUAGUAAAAAACUUAACACAAGAAAUAAUAUUAGGAACUCCAUUUUUUACUCAAAUAUAUCCAUUCAAAGUAACAGAAAUAGGAGUAACCACAAAAGUAGUAGGAACAAAAUUAUCAUUUGAAUUCUUAUCUCCUAUGAAAACCAAAGAAAUACUAAGCUUACAACAAAAUUCUAUUCAAAAAACAAUUAAUUUAAUAAAAGGGAAACAAAAUCAUAUACAAUAUCUACAAAAUGAAAUAGCAUACAAAAAAAUAGAAGAACAACUUAAGAUGCCUUACAUAAUAAGCAAGAUAAAAGCUAUUGAAAACGAUAUAUUAAACCAAAUCUGUUCAGAAUUGCCAAACGCUUUCUGGGAAAGAAAACAACAUACAGUUGAACUCCCAUAUAUAAAAGAGUUUAACGAAAGAAAUAUACCAACUAAAGCAAGACCUAUUCAAAUGAAUAAGGAGUUAUUAGAACACUGUAAAAAGGAAAUAAAUGAUUUAUUAGACAAAAAAUUAAUCAGGUCAUCCAAAUCUCCCUGGAGCUGUUCGGCCUUUUAUGUAAAUAAUCAAGCUGAAAAAGAACGUGGGAUACCAAGAUUAGUAAUAAAUUAUAAACCAUUAAAUGAUGUAUUACAAUGGAUACGAUAUCCAAUACCUAACAAAAGAGAUUUAUUAAAACGACUUUAUAAUGCAAAAAUUUAUUCAAAAUUUGACAUGAAAAGUGGCUUUUGGCAAAUACAAAUUGCCGAAAAAGAUAAAUAUAAAACAGCAUUUACCGUACCAUUCGGACAUUAUGAAUGGAAUGUAAUGCCUUUUGGUCUUAAAAACGCACCUUCUGAAUUUCAACAUAUAAUGAAUGAUAUAUUCAAUAAUUAUUCAAAAUUUACAAUUGUCUACAUAGAUGACGUGUUAGUAUACUCCACUACAAUAGACCAACACAUUAGUCACUUAAACACAUUCCUCAGUAUAGUAAAAAAACAUGGAUUAGUUAUAUCAGCCAAGAAAAUUUCUUUAUUCCAAACAAAAAUAAGAUUUUUAGGACAUAAUAUAUAUCAAGGAACAAUCACACCUAUUUCAAGAUCAAUUGAAUUCGCAGAUAAAUUUCCUGACGAGUUAAGAGAAAAAACCCAAUUACAAAGAUUUUUAGGAUGUCUAAACUAUGUUUCAGACUUCUUACCCAAUCUUAGGAAAACAAUUCAACCAUUAUUUCAACGGUUACAAAAGAAUCCAAAACCAUGGACUAAUCAACAUACCCUUUUAGUCAAACAAGUUAAGCAAAAGGUUAAAACUCUUCCAUGCCUUUCCAUACCAAAUCCUGAAGCUGACAUGAUAGUUGAAACUGAUGCUUCAGAAAUAGGUUAUGGAGGAAUUCUUAAGCAAAAAUUACCACAAUCAAAACAAGAAUCUAUAGUUCGAUUCCAUUCAGGAGUCUGGUUAGGACCACAAAAGCAUUAUUCAACAGUAAAGAAAGAAGUUCUCUCAAUUGUUAAUUGUAUCUCAAAAUUCCAAGAUGACUUAAUCAACAAAAAGUUUUUACUAAGAGUAGAUUGCAAAUCAGCAAAAGAAAUAUUACAAAAAGAUGUCAAAAACCUAGUAUCAAAACAAAUAUUUGCUAGAUGGCAAGCAAUAUUAUCCGUUUUCGAUUUCGAUAUUCAAUAUAUUAAAGGAGAAAAAAAUUCUUUACCCGACUUUCUAACAAGAGAAUAUUUGCAGGGAAAAUCCACAGAUAAUCAACAACAACAAGAUAUUCAAAAUGAGUGACCAGAAGAUGAAAAAGCCGAUGACAGCCUCAGAUUAUAUCAAAAACCAACCACAUCUCCAAGGAAGGACUUUAACUCCAAACCCUUACUCAGCAUUAGCUGAAUAUCCUCCUCUAUCUUAUUCAAAAGCAGUCUCUGAAAAGUCAUCAAAGAUGGAAGCACAAUCAUCUACAGCAACCCCAAACACAACCUCAAACACUACUCCAAACACUAAACCAGUCUACUACACCAAACCUUAUAAGCAACACCUUAUGACGACCCCAUACACUAAACCAGUAAACCUUACCCAACUCAAAACCUUCAUCAAUCGAGUCUUCUACGAGGACAGUCCCUGGCCAACAGAUAACAUAACCAAAAACCAAUCCUUUUAUGAGUAUAUUCUAGUAGACUCUAAGUCUAUAGAAAUCACCCAUUACAAAGACAAGACGAACCCAAACCUCAUCAACUAUUCAACCUGCAAAUUCCUACGAAUUUGUUCUACCCAAGACCUUGGUUUUAUACAUCAUCAUACAACAAAACCUUUUUCUACCCCAGGCUAUCAUAUCGACGGCUACACCUAUACCGAUUACAAAAAUGCCUUUUUCCGAGCCUUUUUACUCAGACCCUAUGACCACUCUUGGUUCUUCAGUUUUGAUCAAAACUGCACAAAGACGAUACCAGGAUGGUUCAACGAAUGGUGGUAUUGGUACGGACCAGCAGAUCCGAUCUACCCCGACCAAGUACUCAAGACCUCCUACCCAUUCUACAAGAAACACGUAUUUGAUCAACCAGUUGGGCCUCUAAACAAAAUUUGGUUUCAUAUUGACAUGGGCAUCCCAUGGAUAUGUUCAUGGCAUUUUACCCUUGCUAUCGCUCUCCAAGACAUGCCUUAUUCUCUCCUCCGGGAAUUCAGAGUCAAAUGGUGGGAAAAAUAUAACCUUGACAGAUGUUCCCUUGCAGGUAUCCAAAAAUAUUUCCAAAUUACAAAUCAAGCCAAAACAGCAAUCCAAACUAUAUCCAAAUCUAUACCUCUUCUCAACCCAACCCAAAUAUCCCAAACAAAUCCAAGUCCACAAAAAAGACCAACAUCAAGUCCAACAAGUUCAACAACCUCUUCCUCUUCCCAGAAAUCAUCAAGAAAGGAAAAAAUGAAGAAACUUAUCGCCGAAAUGCUGACGCAAUUUGAGGCGGAACAUGAUGAUACAGACGAUGACAACCAACAAGUUGACAUUAUGCAACCUGAAGAUCCUUACGGCGGCCCGUUAGGCCAAGAUCCGUAUGAUAUAAAAAAAAAAAAAAAAAAAAAAAAAAGAAAACCUAAAAGUAUGUCUAUAUUUACAAUUUCGAUUUUAAGUAUAUUCUA